CAGUAUUUAUUUUUUUACACGAAUCAAUGAGUCUAAUAAAUCCUCCAUGACAACAAAAUCAUAAACAAUAGGGCUGGCUAAUGAAUCCAUAUUAAUUUUCUAUUAAGUCUUUGUCACUCUGUAUUUAGAAACCAAGUGAGAUCCCCUCAAACAAACACACAAACCUCAUACCUAGCAAUCACUUCGAUACAGACAGCUGUAAUCAACGAGGAAGUCAUGGUACGACCCCAAACAACACACGUUGCCCUUUAACAGGUACAGUAUGCCAUCCUUCUAUAUAAAGAACAGUCUACUCUAGCCGCAUCAAGUCAUUAGCCAGCCUAAUCCACUCUAGGCUUGUUGCCUUGAAUAAGCCAUAAUGCCAAACAUGCCACACCAGAGAACAAGAGAGCAACAAGAGAGCUGCCAUAUGGAAUAGCAGCACAUGAUGUCAGUAGUGAAGUAUAAGAAUUAAGUGGAAAAUAUUAUUGUCCACCUCACUAGUAUGUAUGAUCUCAAACCUUGACUUGAUGUGUGUGGAUUGAAGAGAAAUGCAAAGGUGCAAAUGCUCCAAGAAUACAUACUGAGACCAACUAUUCAUGGCCAAAAUACUUGGGAACUUGUUGACAGAGUAGCGCCGGUGACCAGGAAUAACCAUUCCUGACAGGAAUAACCAUGGGAUGUGGCGUCGCAAAGUCGAACAAGUUCCAUACAAAAAAGGGGGGGAAAGCGAUGAAGGCAGCUGUGUUGAUCCAGCGCUGGUACCGUCAGUAUGUGGCUCGUAUGGAGAUGAGACGCAGAUACACCUGGAACAUCUUCCAGUCUAUAGAAUACUCUGGGGAGCAGGCCCAGAUCAAACUUUACAAUUUCCUUGGCUACCUCAUGGACAACUUCAACCCAACUAGCACUGAACGCAACUUAAUCUCCCACAUAUUCAGAGAGAAUGAAGUGUGCCGCGAUACAGAGUGGGAGAGGCACUUCUGCUAUAAGAAUAUUGAGGUGCCAGAGAUCUACUCAGGUCCCCGUCUCAUCUUCCCUCUGACUGUGGAACAAGUGGCUGCCAUGGUAGAGGCCUUCAGGAAUAAAAGACAGCUCCACUCUCGGUACGUUCUCCAACUUCUCCUGGAAACAUGGAAGUUACUCCGAAAGCUACCAAACAUCAGUCGAAUCUCCACCUGUCACAGCAAAGAAAUCACCGUUUGUGGUGAUUUACAUGGGCAGCUUGAAGACCUGCUGUUGAUAUUUUACAAGAAUGGCAUGCCAUCAUUGGAUCGGCCAUAUGUUUUCAAUGGAGACUUUGUUGAUCGAGGCAAAGAUUCCAUUGAGAUUCUCCUCAUCCUUUUUGCCUUCCUGCUCGUGUAUCCAAACGAUGUUCACCUCAACAGGGGAAACCAUGAAGACCAUAUUGUCAACUUGAGGUAUGGCUUCACCAAGGAGGUGUUGGGGAAAUACAAGAUGCACGGCAAGAGGAUCCUAAAGCUGCUUCAGAAGAUCUUCAGCUGGUUGCCCCUGGCAACAGUCAUCGAUCAGAAAGUGUUGAUCCUGCAUGGGGGCAUCUCCAACACCACGGACCUCUGCCUCAUAGCCAGAGUGGACAGACACAAAUACGUGUCAGCCCUGAGGCCUCCUAAGAAGAGGACACAAUACCCAGUGAGUCAGUCCUCUGUGGACUUGGACAUGGAAGACGACCUGUCAGGCACCAAGAACAACCAGCGCCGGGUCUCCCUGAUCAAGGCCAACUCUUUUGGACCCCGAGAUGGCUUCCAGCGCCGCUCACUCCAGGACUUUUCCGGCAGGGUCCCCCGGACCGUUGACGAGGAGAUAGAGGUGCGGCGGAGGCAGUCCGGCUUCAUCAAGGGCGGCUUCAGCCACAGUCAGGGGGAACUCAAUAACCUGGCCGUCUCCUCAGCGUCGCAGGAAUCCACCGACACAGCAGACACUACCGUAGAGGAGUGGAAACAGAUUCUGGACCUACUGUGGAGUGACCCCAUGUCUCAGAACGGCUGCAUACCCAACGAGGUGCGGGGAGGAGGCUGCUACUGGGGGCCAGACGUCACCCAGGACUUCCUGGACAGACACAACAUGCAGCUCAUCAUCCGCUCCCACGAGUGCAAGCAGGAUGGCUACGAGUUUUGCCACAACCGCAGGGUCCUCACCCUGUUCUCUGCCUCCAACUACUAUGAAGUGGGCAGCAACAGAGGGGCCUACGUGAAAUUGGGACCAGACCUAGUGCCUUAUUUGAUUCAGUACCAGGCUAGCAGUAUGACUCGAGAACUCACCCUCAGGAAAAAUGUGGGGAAGGUGGAACAUUCAGCCCUCAAGGUCCUGCGGGAACAGCUGUUUGCACACAAGUCUGACCUCGUCAGUGCCUUCCAAGAGUUUGACAAAGACAAAACAGGGCAGGUGUCUCUGAAUGACUGGGCUACGGCGGUAGAGAGUGUGCUGCGUCUAGGCCUACCCUGGAGGAUGCUGCGCUUUCAGCUGGCCACCUGCAAGACCCCGGGGGGCAUGUUGGACUACCAGGAGUGGUUCCAGGAACUUUCCAUCAAAGAGCCACAAAUGGAGCACAUCGAUCAGGGUUUGCUGGAGACCCUGUACCGCCAUCGCGCCACCUUGGAGACCAUCUUCAGAAUAGUGGAUUUAGACAACUCAGGGUUCAUCACAAUGGAGGACUUCCGUCAGACGUGGAAGCUGCUGAGUGCCUUCUUAAAGAUGGAGAUCACUGACGAGGCUAUCUCGGACCUGUCCGUCACCAUAGACACCAACCAGGACGGCAACAUUGACAUCGAUGAGUUCAUGGAGGCCUUCCGGCUGACAGACAAGAAAAGCCGGCUGGAGAGGGGAAAGAGCAUGUUUAUGGGGACCACCACUGACCUGACCAAACUAGAGGGGGACCCCAAUAUAUGAGGGAUUAGUUGGACUGGAGGGGGAGCCCAAUAUAUGAGGGAUUAGUGGGACUGGAGGGGAAGCCCAACAAGUAUGUAGUAGUUUGAGUAAAAUAAAUUUUAAAAAACAGACACCAUCCACUCAAGACCAACAAACUACUACUAGUGGGAGAAGUUCCGUAUGGAGAGAGAGAAUGUAAGAGACUGCUUGUUUAUUACCUCAGGGGCUAUGGAGGUAGCGCACAAACAAACAAGCCAACAAGCUGCUUUGAUCAUUGACGCACAUUGAGACACUGAGACUAUGGAGUGUUACAGCAGUGUCGAUUAGGCUAUAAGGUGGAUAGCAGACAAUAUCCUUGUGGUGAUUAGAGCGUAUGGCUGGAUUUUAUUUUCGUCAUAGGUUGAAGUUCAAGAAAACACCACAGAGUGAUGUAGUUUUGGAUUAAUUCAGUAUGUAUGCAGAUGCAGAGGCCAACAAUAAAUAUACACAACGUUGUCAUAGUUGAUGUCCUUCCAAGCGGAGUGACUUGCACAUAAUUUGAAAUGUUCAAAUAUGAAAAACAUGAUAAUUUUGCCAGAUUAAUGUAAAUAGAUCCGGACUGUUAUUGGUGCCUUAGUGAUAGAAUAGGGAAAGCAUUCCAUCAUUUUAGUGAAACUCUUAUUAAUGUACUGAUUGAAUCGUGUCAUUGCCAACCUGUCCACUGGAUGUGGUAGUAAGGUAAUAUAUCUCCAAGGUGACAUUGGUUCUUUCCAGUGGCGACCCGUCAUUCAGGGCAGGUGGGGCAGAGACCCACCUGUUUUGAGCCCCAACUGUUAAAUAUAUAUAUACAGUACCAGUCAAAGGUUUGGACACACCUACUCAUUCCAAGGUUUUUCUUUAUUUUUUGACUAUUUUCUACAUUGUAGAAUAAUAGAGAAGACAUCAAAACUAUGAAAUAACACAUACGGAAUCAUGUAGUAACCAAUAAAGAGUUAAACAAAUCAAAAUACAUAAUAUAUUUUAGAUUCUUCAAAAAGUAGCCACCCUUUGCCUUGAUGACAGCUUUGCACACGCUUGGUAUUCUCUCAUCCAGAUUCACCUGGAAUGCAGUCUUGAAGGAGUUCCCACAUAUGCUGAGCACUUGUUGGCUGAUUUUCCUUCACUCUGUGGUCCAACUCACCCCAAACCAUCUCAGUUGGGUUGAGGUCGGGUGAUUGUGGAGGCCAGGUCAUCUGAUGCAGUACUCCCAUCACUCUUCUUCUUGGUCAGAUAUCCCUUACACAGCCUGGAGGUGUGUUGGGUCAUUGUCCUGUUGAAAACAAAUGAUAGUCCCACUAAGCGCAAACCAGAUGGGAUGGCGUAUUGCUGCCGAAUUCUGUCGUAGCCAUGCUGGUUAAGUGUGCCUUAAAUUCUAAAUAAAUCACUGACAGUGUCAUCAGCAAAGCACCUCUACACCAUCACACCUCCUCCUCCAUGCUUCACGGUGGGAACCACACAUGCGGAGAUCGUCCAUUUACCUACUCAUCAGACCAAAGGACACAUUUUCACCGGUCUAAUGUCCAUUGCUCGUGUUUCUUGGCCCAAGCAAGUCUCUUCUUCUUCUUGGUGUCCUUUAGUAGUGGUUGCUUUGCAGCAAUUUGACCAUGAAGGCCUGAUUCAUGCAGUGAACAGUUGAUGUUGAAAUGUGCCUGUUACUUGAACUCUGUGAAGCAUUUAUUUCAACUGCAAUUUGAGGUGCAGUUAACACUAAUGAACUUAUCCUCUGCAGCAGAGGUAACUUUGGGUCUUCCUUUCCAGUGCCGGUCCUCAUGAGAGCCAGCUCAACAUAGCACUUGAUGGUUUUUGCUACUGCAAUUGAAGAAACAUUCAAAGUUCUUGAAAUUUUCCUCAUUGACUGACUUUCAUGUCUUCAAGUAAUGAUGGACUGUCAUUUUCUUUUCUUAUUUGAGCUGUUCCUGCCAUAAUAUGGACUUGGCCUUUUACCAGAUAGGGCUAUCUUCUGUAUACCACCCCUACCUUGUCACAACACAACUGAUUGGCUGAAACGCAUUAAGAAGGAAAGAAAUUCCCCACAAAUGCACUUUUAACGAGGCACACCUGUUAAUUGAAAUGCAUUCCAGGUGACUAUCUCAUGAAGCUGGUUGAGAGAAUGCCAAGAGUUUGUAAAGCUGUCGUCAAGGCAAAGGGUGGCUACUUUGAAGAAUCUCAAAUAUAACAUUUAUUUUGGUUACUACAUGAUUCCAUAUGUGUUAUUUCAUAGUUUUGAUGUCUUCACUAUUAUUAUACAAUGUAGAAAAUAGUAAAAAUAAAGAAAAACCCUUGAAUGAGUAGGUGUGUCCAAACCAUUGACCUGUACUGUCUAUAUUUUGCUGUUGCCUGUUUUGCAUGUUAUUUUGGAAUUAAUAUGUGUCACAGUUCGCAAACAAUGUAACAAAAAUAUAUACUUGAGUUAAUAAAGCUGCAUACA